AUGGCCGAAGAUAUCACCAUGAUUCCGGAGAGCAGUAUUGGUAUGGGUCCUAACGAUGACCGCCAAAAUACGUCGCUCGAUAUCGGACACCAUGCGCUCACAAUGCUUAUGGAUGACAAGCUCUAUCUUGCGCCCCUGCCAGAGCAUAUUGAUAAAGCAAUCGACAUCGGUACAGGAACUGGCAUUUGGGCUAUCCAAAUCGACGACUUUUCGAAGCCAUGGACAUUCGAUGAAAAUUCCGUCGACUACGUUCACGUGCGGUGGUUGUCUGGUUGCGUCCAGGACUGGACAAAGCUGUUCAAAGAGGCCUUUAGGGUGUUGAAGCCCGGUGGCUAUAUCGAGUCCUGUGACUUUGACAGCAAUGUCAGCUCGGAUGACGGCAGCGUGAAUGAGAAGAUGGCUCUAUCACAAUGGGGCCACAUUUAUACAGAGGGCACUAAGAAACUUGGAUUUCCAAUGUCCUUUCAUCCUGUUGGGGAAGGCAGGCAGCAUAAUGGUCUUAGAGAUGCUGGAUUCGUCGAUAUUACCGAGAAAUCCUACAAGGUAAGCCGGCGGCCUUGUUACAUAAUCAUCUUACUCCUGGCUAAUGGCUUUAGCUUCCACUUUCCGAAUGGCCGAAAGACGAGCGGCUACAUCAAGUUGGAGCAUACACUCAUGCCACCUUCGCCAACGAUUUUGAAGGCUUCAUAG